UGUGUUCAUUUAGACGUUAAUGAGCGUCUCCUGGUGUCCGAGCAGAAAAAAGCAGGUAAUGUUGGAUAGGAAGGCGCUGUGAACGUCGAAUUCAAGUGUUAAAAAAUGUCCGCAAACACGAUGAGUGAUUCAGAACAACAAGAAUCAGACAAAGUGAGUGAAGCUCAGUGGCCUGAGAAUGGAGAUGCGUGGAGUGACGCGGAGAAUGAGGCAGGGAUGGACUGUGAGCUGCUGCAGGCCAUGGCUGAGGAGGACGAGGAGAUAAACGUCUACAAUGAGGAAACAUUUGGGAUGGAUCUUGAUCCACAUGGGACGGUAAACUCCUUGGAUAAUGGUGGUGUUUCAUUUGAAGAGCCACUGCCUCCGACACCACCGCCGGCCCCGGACCCCAAAUCCUCGUCCCCCCGCGUUGCCCCCUCGACCUCUCCCAGGCAGAAACCACAGUAUCCACCCCGGGCCGCACCGUGGCAGCGAGGCAGAGGACCAAGGUGGAGGGGAGGACUGGGUAGGGGGCAGAUGUUUGAAGACCCAGCUGUGAUGAGGAUAGUGGAGGGGCGACCAAGCCUCAUGAGUCUUGACAGCGCUAUAGUGGACUGUGGGCAUGCCGUGUACAGGAAUACUUCUGUGGAUGAUAGGAUGCUGCCCGCCUACUGGAAAAACAGGAGAGUCUCUGGAUCGAUACUUCAGGACAGCGCCAUAGUGUGUGUGAUCGGCCACAGAGGCCGGGGUCAGCAUGUGAGCUCCAGCUUACUGGAUCUACCGUAUCCCAUCUUUUCCUAUGGACUUAGGAGAGGAGACCCCAGAGGAUCCUACUCCAGGAGGCUGUUUGGCCAAAGAGGGCCCUCUCAGAUGCAUGCGCCAAUGAUGCCAGGAUCACCCAUCUCACGUCAACCACUGACGCCACGGCAACAUUUCAAUCAGAUGGCGGGCUUCAUGUUCCCUCCAAACCGCUCUUGCCCCUCCACUCCUCGGCCUCUGACUCCCAAGAUGAUGCAACUUCGCUUUGGUGCCAACUCUCCCAGACCGUCGCCCUUUUACAGCCCCUCGACUAACCUGGUGCAGCCUUUCAGCAGUUACACUGGUCCAGUCACACAACUCCAUCCUCAACAUAAACGGCUUCUCAGUCAAAAACGGCGUCUGUUUCAAAGAAAAUCUGAAGCCUGGGACCCCUACUGUAACCUCAUGACAGCCAAAGAAAAGGAGUGGAUCACUCGCUUGCAAAUGAUUCAGCUGCAAAGUGAGAAUCCAUACCUCGAGGACUAUUAUUACCAGGAAUAUUAUCGCCGACUAGAAGCCAAGAUGGCAGAGGAAGAGCUGGGCAUCAGGAGCAAGAAGGAACCACCCAAGCUCACCACGCCGUACAUCACCAAAACUGACGCCUACGCACCAGUGGUCCACAUUGAAGGCUCUCUGGGUCAAGUCGCCGUGUCCACGUGUUACUCUCCUCGUCGUGCCAUCAGUGCAGUUCAUGCAGUCCAGUCUCACCGUCUCGAGGAACAAAAAGACACCAGACAACAGCGACUGGAGAUUCUCAGCAAAAUAGAAAAGCUGUUCAUAGCUCUGCUGGAGGUGGAGGAAACUGAGAGGAUGAAGACCACAGUUUUGUCUGAAGCAGAAGAGAGAAGGUUGGUGGAAAAAGCUCAGAGGAAAGUGGAGCACAUCUACUCACAGCUGCAACUCCACAACUCUCCAGAUUCUGGAGCAGAGUUUCUUCCUUUCUUGAGUGUCUCUAAAGGCAAAACGCUCCUUGCCCGUCUACUGCCCUUCUUGAAGAAGGAUUCAGCGUUGAAGAUCUUGCAAAUCAUAGCAUCUAACCUCCCUACACUGAUGAGCAGAGAUACUGAGGAGGCCCUUCCAGUACUCUACCCAUCUCUCCGAAAUGUGAUUGGUGGUCUGACAUUUAGUCAGCUCAUCGACGUCCUCAAAAAUCUGACGUCUUCAGAGUCUUUGUCAACAUACGAGUGCCUCCCACUGGCAUGUCAGAACAAGUUUGGGCUGACCUUGCUGUAUGCUCUUCUUUCCCAUGGAGAGAAGCUGCUUUCUUCAGGUGUUCCUCUUGAGCCCAGCAUUGGUGACUUUGAGACUUGGACAGACGUCAUUUUCCAGGUAGCAGGACAGUUGUCCCAAUGUUCGCUGGUAGAGCCGCUCCUCCUUCCUUCAAACCUGCUAACGCUCUUUUGCAGGUACCUUGACAAGCGUACUGUGCAUCAGCUAAAAAGCAACUUGGAGUCUGCAACUGGGUGCCUGGCACUACCAUCUUAAAGAGAAUGGUAGCUAAUGAGAUGCUAAGUUAAUGUCCAGGUUAUGGUGAGCUCUAGAAUGGAAGCAGCAGAGUCUUUGGUACCAAAUCGAACGGAAGUUGUGUAAUAUACCUUUUUUUUUUUUUUGGUUUAAAAUCCUCACCCUCACAUGUCCCCUCACAUUUUUUCACCUUAAACUGUUUCCCUUUUUUAUUUUAAUUGUUUUACUUUACCUCCCUUUAGCCUCCACAAAGCAGCUUGUUACUUUAAACCCAUUUCUUUUAAUGUUUCUAACAAUAUCAGCUCAUAUCUUUGACAUUUAAAUUAAUUUAAUGGCUCUUGAAAUUCCAGGACAAUCAAUUUAGGAUGAGUUUCAGUAGAUAUGGUGACCUGGUGGAGGAUUAUUUAUAAUUGUAAAGCUGGAACUAUGUUAAUUAUAUUAACCAUUGAAGAAAGUUGUCAACCCAACAUUAAGUAAUGCAGUUUUGUGUUAUUUUGUAAAAAUGUAUUGUGUAUGCAUGUGUAAUGAUGCUAAAUGGGAUCUGUGUGACGCAAUUUUCAAUCUUAAGUUUCAGUUGUAAAAUUUGUUUUAUUUAUUGUAUUAAUUUGGAAAUGGGAAUAAUUUAAAAUGCACACCUCUAGAGCACUUGCAAUAUGAAUAAAACAAAUUCUCAAAUUUG